UUCGCGAUCUGGACGGAGGGAGACGGGAAAGGACUAGACCUGACAACAAAAUGUGAUAAAACUAUUUAUCACGCGCUUGGGAUUUUACAAACACAAGAAUAAAAACUCAUUGCUCGACUGCGGAAUAUGGUGACGCGUGACGAACCAAAUGGGGCCGUAUUUGUGUGCCUUUCUCUUUAAAAAAAUUUGGCCAGGCGACUUUGUACGGUUCUUCCUGUUUAAAACUCAAUUAAAAAGAAAUCUGCCUACAUAUGGAAUAUGUGAAAUGCUAAGCAGUCAACGAACCCCGCGUCUGCCGUCAAUGGAAGUGGGAACUAUUUUUAAUAUAUAACUAUCACCGUGGAUGUAGAAUCUGCUGACAGAUAUAGCAAGUUUGUAAAAGCGCCGUUGCUUAGUUCGUGGAGCUAGAAAGAGCCGUCUUGGCAACUCGGGAACAAGUUGCCGUAAAGCACAUUUACGCAGAACUGAAUGCUUCUUUCCUGCUAUUCUUCUCCACUUCUCUGCGCUUCCUGCUUGCGAUGGCUGCUGUUCGGAAUGGCUAAAAAUACAGGCUUAUCGAAAAGUCAAGAUGGACAACAAAAAUCGAGAUGUUUUGAAAAUGUUUUGUAUAGUAUAUCAGCAAGUUCAUUUUGAGAGACUCGCUCGCUGGUGCAUUUUGACUACUGAAAUAGAUUUUAUGUGAUAUUGAAAUGUAGCCUAUUGUUCCUUGUUUUAAAUGUGUUUGCAAUUCACUGGUUAAUUUAUUAACGUUCCUCGUGUUUCGCAAGUCACUUGCUUGCAAACAAGUAAAGGUUGUUUCGAAAACAGUCGCCGAGAAACGCGGUGUUCCUCCGUAAGUCUACACGGAAACUCGCUGAAUGGAGCCACUUUUGGAUUUUUACGCGUUGGCACACUUGGCAGAAUUAUUUAUGCACAGGACUUUUCCUUUUGUUCGGCGCUUGCCAAACCAAAUGGAGACCUAGGUAGCCUAUUGUACGCCUACGUUUUUACGCGUGUCUGGCACGGUUUGAAACCAAAGCGUUGAUAUUCAUUUUAUUUUGGGGGGAUUUGCUUGUACAGGCAAUUUAUUUUUCAUGUUCCUGAUGAGCUUAAUUACACAUAAAGGAAAAGGAGCCAGGCGAGGAGCUUUAAAGUACAUUUUGUACUUUAUUUGCAGUUUCUCCCAGAAUCAAAAUAAAUGAAAAGGUCGCGUGACUGUCCAUGGAGCCACUGAAGAAUAUUUUUUCUCGCGGUCCACUGUCAAACUGGAAAGGGCUCGAACAAUCGCAGAGGGGCAACUUUACCAACCCCGUAUGGACGGCUCUGUUCGACUAUGAGGCGUCCGGGAAGGACGAGCUCACUCUACGCAAAGGCGACCUGGUGGAGGUUCUGUCUCUGGACUCGGAGAUAUCAGGAGACGAAGGCUGGUGGGCGGGCAAGGUCAACAACAAAGUGGGCAUUUUCCCCUCGAACUACGUCUCGUUCAAGCCGAGCGCCUAUGGCAAAUUGCAGGGCUCCGCGGUGGUCGGGGAGCUUGGCCCAGUUGUGGUCGGAGAGAUCGAACCGGAAGAAGUGGAUUUUAGAGAACUGAGUUUGGAGGAGGUCAUAGGGGUUGGUGGGUUUGGCAAGGUUUACCGGGGAACAUGGAGGGGUGGCCGAGUAGCCGUGAAGGCAGCUCGCCAGGACCCGGACGAGGACAUCAGCGUGACGGCCCAGAAUGUACGACAGGAGGCGCGGCUGUUUGCCAUGCUCACUCACCCAAACAUCAUCGCGCUCAAAGGGGUUUGUUUACAGGAACCCAACUUGUGUCUCAUAAUGGAAUACGCUUCCGGUGGCCCCCUGAGCAGGGCGCUAGCUGGGCGCCGCAUCCCCCCGCACAUCCUCGUCAACUGGGCAGUGCAGAUCGCGAGGGGCAUGCUGUACCUCCACAGCGAGGCGAUAGUUCCUGUCAUCCACCGGGACCUCAAGUCUAACAACAUCCUGCUGGCCCAGCCCAUAGAGAAUGACUGUAUGGAGGGGAAGACGCUGAAGAUCACGGACUUCGGCCUGGCGCGGGAGUGGCACAAGACCACCAAGAUGAGCACGGCGGGGACCUACGCCUGGAUGGCCCCCGAGGUCAUCAAGUCCUCCACCUUCUCCAAGGGCAGCGACGUGUGGAGCUACGGCGUGUUGCUAUGGGAGCUGCUGACGGGCGAGGUGCCGUACCGGGGCAUCGACGGGCUGGCGGUGGCGUACGGCGUGGCCGUGAACAAGCUGACGCUGCCCAUCCCCUCCACCUGCCCCGAGCCCUUCGCCCUGCUCAUGUCCGAGUGCUGGGAUCAGGACCCCCACCACAGGCCCAGCUUCGCCUCCAUUUUGGCUCAGCUCACGGCUCUGGAGCAGCAGGUGACGGAGGAGAUGCCCCAGGACUCCUUCCACUCCCUGCAGGAAGACUGGAAACUGGAGAUCCAGGACAUGUUUGACGAGAUCCGGGCCAAGGAGAAGGAGCUGCGCUCUCGUGAGGAGGAGCUGAAGCGCGCCGCUCUGGAGCAGAAGUCUCACGAGGAGGUGCUCCGGCAGAGGGAGCAGCAGCUGGCUCAGUGGGAGCAGGACGUGUUCGAGCGGGAGCUCAGCCUGCUGAUCCUCCACAUGAACCAGGACAAGCCCAACGUCAAGAAGCGCAAGGGCACCUUCAAGAAGCACAAGCUCAAGAGCAAGAACGGCGAGAAGAUCAGCAAUCCCCAGGACUUCAUCCAUAAGAUCACGGUGCAGGCGUCUCCUGGGCUGGAGAAGAGGAAGAACUCCCCGGACCUGGGCUCUGGCUCCUCCCCUUCCUUCGGCCCCAGAUUUCGGGCGAUCCAGCUGAGCCCCAGUCAGAACAGCAGGUCAUUUGGUCUGAGCCCCAUCUGGCCCCUGGAGCCCCUGUCCAGCAAACAGCCCAACGGAGAGAGACGCCUGGGCCCCCAAUGGGCCCCCCACAGCCCCAAGAGCCCCAAGAGCCCCAAAGUCCUGCGGCUCAGUCCCCUGGAGAGCAGUCUCUCUAUGAGAGCCAAACUCCUGGAAAUGGACAGCAGUGAGAAUGGGAAUUUUCCAUCAGAGUUUGAGGAGUACAGACCUCCCACACCACAGUCCACUCAAAACGGUUUCUCUGUGAAGGAGCCCCCCAGGGCUGCUCUACCUCAGGGGGACUCAGGCAGUGAGGAGGGGGUCUCCCCGGCUGACUCCCCCAGGCCAGAGAGAGUAUCGGUGGGCGGGUCGGUGAAGCUCGUGCACAGGGCUCUAUUGGACGGGGGCUCCCUGCUGGCCUCCGUCGCAUUGGGCCGCUGCCUCGAGGUCCCGCCCAAAGUCCCGCCCCGCUCCAACCCCCCCGUCCCAGCGGAGACGGAGCCGCCCCACAGACCCGCCCCCCCCGCCCCGGAGCCCCCCCUCAGACCCGCCCCCCCCGCCCCGGAGCCGCACGUGGUGAACGACCUCAUCAGCUUCUCCCCCACCGAGACCCUCCCCCGACCCCCCGUCCCGGACGUGAACCUGCAGCCCCCCGACAUCAGGCCCCCGCCCCUCACCCCCCCGCCCCCUCAACCGCGGGUCUGUCACGGACCGCCCCGGCCCGGCCCAGCGGAGUGGCCCCCCCAAGCCAACGGGGAACCAGCCUGCAACCCCACGGGGCCCAGUCCAGACCGGAGGAGACGGUCCAGCCACAGUCACCUGACCCCUCAGCUGGUCCUGGACCUGCCCUUUUGCACCCCGGACGGCGCAGGACGGGACAGCCCAACCCAGCCCCCCAUCGCCCUCUUCCCGGACCCCCGCCUCUGGAGCCCCAAGACGCGGCGGCUGGAGGUGAACGUGAUCCCCCGGCCCCGCCCUUCCCCCGUGCGGCCCCGGAUCGACCCCUGGAGCUUCAUCUCGGCGGGGCGCGAGGCGGGGCGCGCCUCCGCCCGGGGCGGGGGUCUCCUGUGCCACACGCCCUCCCCGACGAACCCCUUCACGAACUGCGACCCCUUCCCCACCCCGGACUGCGAUCCCUUCGCCCAGAGGGCCGACCCCUUCAGGACCCUCGACGCCCCCUCACCCUUCGACCCCUUCUCGGCGCCCUUCCGGACCUCCCGCUCCGCCCCCUGCUCCACCAACGUCAGCCCCUCCCUGUCGGCCUUCAGGGUGGCCAAGGCCUCCCCGGCGGAGCCCCCGGGCGCCCUCAUCGACCUGGGCUGGAGGGGCGGCAGCCCGCCCCUGGACACCAAAGAGAAGCGGAUUCCGGGGAGGCCGCUGGUCACGGGACUCAGUCCCUGGAAGUCCCCCACGCAGCUCACCAACGACAGGUUCUAAAAUGGCCGCCCGCUCGGGGCCUGCCCCGGGAGGGGAGAAGGUGCGUUGAAAUGGCGGCGGUGAAAAGGCAGAGGGGCCAGAAUCUACUCCUGCCCUGUCCUGUCCUUAUCCCGGCACGUUGAUAACUCAUGUUAAGGAAGCACUGUGUUCUGGUGGAGAGAGAGGUCCCGACCUCAGUACAAACCCAAAAUGGCCACCUUUAGAGGGGCUCUAAUACAAGAGAGUGAGAAACAGAAAAGUUUUCUCAGUUUUAUUCCAAAGAUCAAGAGGGGACCCCCCCCCCCCCCCUCCCCCCCUUCUCUCAGUAGAGAUCUAUAGACGUACACCUGCAAUGCAGACCCCCCCGAACCCCACCAAUCACUGACCCCCACCGAACCCCACCAAUCACUGUACUUUUCGGUCCUCUGUUAAUGAAGUUGGAUAUGUCUGCUAAUGAUCGUUGUCUCUGAUACUUUACUACUUUGCUCUCCUUAGUAAAACACUGUGGAAGUAUUCCGGACUGAGGCGCACAUUGUUUUCAAUCCAUUUCCCCGAAUUUCGGCUUUUCUCCUCAAAAAGAAAAAUGCAAACCGGUUGUGACAUCCCUUAGGGCUAAUUUAUACUUCACUGCUUAACACUUUUGACAAGCGAAGCUCGACAAGAAAAGAAGGGUUCCGUUAUCUCCAUGGUAACAACACGGCAAACCGUUGACCGUUUGUUGACAUUUGUAGACUGCUUGAUUACACCGCGCGCGACAGUACGUCGGCGUCCACGCCAUAACAAAACAUGUAAAUUGAAAAUAUGUCAUUUUUGUGGAGCGACACGUUGACAGCGGUGUCGUAGACUGGAAGUGUAAAUUAGGCUUUAGGCACAGUCCUCAAAUGAUCUCCUACAGACAGUCACUUCCUGUCCCGCUGGGAUGGAGGACCUUAAUUAUGUUGUUAUUGGCCCUGAGGCUACCUCUGUGGAUAUAACGGGUUUAAAUCACCGGUUGAGAGGUAGCUGUCGAUCAUUCAGGACUCCCGAACUCUGGAACGGAAAAGUGCCAUUUUCUGAUGUACAGGCACCGGCCGCCUGUCUAAGUGAGGAAGCCUGUUUCUGUGGUACAGGGGGACGGUCACUCCAGUCCUCCGAGAGAGCACCUCGGCCUAUUUACGGAACGAUUAUGCACGGCUAAGCUGUUAUUAACUCCUGUUAUUAACUUCGUCAUUCGAGCUUGAUAUUGUUUCGAUUUCUGUUUAAGUCGAAAAUGCAAAACACUGACACAUAUUAAUUUAAAUUAUCUCCAGGGCUGGUCUUUGUCUAGAUUUGAGGAGCACACGCUUAGGUAGAUGACCUUAAUAAGUCUGAUUGAUAGGGCUCUAGGUUUGAUAAACUAGGGCAACGCAAACUCUGGGUGCCUUGGCUCAAACAACAGCAAUAUGGCGCAGACAGGUUAGUGACCACAGAGCAUGAAUACUGUCGAAUGAAAUCAUUUUGAAUCGGGGUUUAUGCUGAGGAAACCUCAUUGAGGGGACAAACAUUUGAACAUUUAAAUGUUUUUGACUUAGCAGCAUGUAGGCUGCUGAGUGUUUGACAGUGGCAGUGGUAUCAGUCUGUGUAUCCAUAAUUGAGAGCAGGAGAGUAAACAGAGCCUUGUACACCAGGCGUCAUCAAAUCUGGCCUUCAAGUACAAAUUCAGCCCUGGUUUUCUUUUCACCCGGUAAUUAGCGCUACUGAUUGGCCAGGAUGUCUUGGCGCCUGACUCUCCCGGGUGAAGGGAGUAGUAGUUCUCGGCCCUCGAGGACCGUACUCGAGGAUCCCUGUACUUCCACUUACCAAAGAAAUUGCUCGGUCCACUCAGCAGCACGCAGGAUCGCAGUGCUGUUCGGUAUCUCUGUCUCUUUGUGUCGCGCGUCAGUUACAGGUGGCUGUUGGUUUGUGGCCCUCGAUGAUGACUUUAAUCCAAUCCAGAGCUCAUACCUUCCUGGGUCUCAUUGGCCGAGGUUCCCAAUUCCCAAAACUUACCUUGACUCUGUUAAGUGCAAUCUGGCAGAAGCGCAGAGUCUUGGUAAAACAGCGCAGUCUUUGCUCGUGUCUUUGAUGGUCGCGGGCUUUUGGGUGAGCUUUGAUCUUGUCCUCGUUGUUAUGCAGUCCACACUUGGAGCAUGAAUCAGGUUUUGAUGUAGGUGGGAGCUCUUUGACGGAAAGGCCUUUGACAAGUGGGGUUAAAAAAUAAAUACUAAUAAUACUAAUAAUAAUAAAUAUUAUCUGUAGGUGAGAUAUUAAGGGGGAAGUAAACAAGUCCUCUUAUGUAAUUUCACCUCAAUAUAUUAUUAUUAUUAUUAUUAUUUUAUUAUUAUUAUUAUUAUUAUUAUUAUUGUUAUUAUUAUUGUUAUUAUUAUUAUUAUUAUUAUUAUUAUUAUUAUUAUUAUUAUUAUUAUUAUUAUUAUUUCCAUUGUUGUCUUUGAUCUCAGCGUCUUGUCUGUAUAGGUAACCCAAAGGUAAAGCUCAUAUUUAUUGUUAGGAUGAAUCACAGGCAUUAAAAACCACGGCCUGUAGUCCUCUCUCUUCCCAGCCAACCCAGUCGCGUCUCUGUUAGCGAAGCGUCCUCUCGUAUUCCGUAUGAAUACAUUACCGAUACUCCUGCAUCCAUUUGGCGGAUGCAGUUAUCGUCAGUGUCUAAAGGGUUGCGUUGAUCAAAGAGCGAGGCGUUGACAAUCGCUCUGAAGGUGCACUGCGGUAAGAUCUCGCUUUCUCUUCCCAGCCAAAGAUAAGUGCCCAGGAGAUUCUCCUCAAAGGGGAACGGACUCCCGUUUUCACUUUGAGGGAUCAGGGCGAGGCGCGGACUGACAUCCCGUUGUUAAAACAGGUCCAUAUAAGCCAGCUCAUCACAGCUUUUAUGUAAAUGCGGGAUUUGUUUCAGAAGAGUGCUCUUGUCUUUUUCUCUUCAUGGGAAAAAGUUCGAGAGUGCUUAUCGCCCUACGCGUUAAACCGUUCAGGGCAAAGAUCCUCAAGGAGGGCAAAGAUCCUCAAGGAGGCCGCAAUGAUGGGAACCCCCUCGAACCUUUACGAAGAAUUAUAGCAAGUGUAUAUUAUUGUAGCUUAUGAAUCACCCAUUUAAAAAGCAGUAGGAGAUCUGAAACAAUACCUACCUCUUUUGCAGUGGACAGUGCCAGUCUCUUAGAACCCCCUCCAAUUGCAUGCACGCACACAAAGGCACACACACACUUACACACACACACCAACACGCACACACACGCACACACACACACACACACACACACACACACACACACACACACACACACACACACACAGGUGGUUUAUUUGCCACCCGCUUCACAAGUUUCCCCCACAUCAUUUUAACGGAACUGCUGCAGCGCUGUGAAAUGCGUUUGAAGUUCUAUUUUAGACAGAAACUCCAGAUAUUCGAGACCGCUGUCUGAGCGAGUCAGCCGACGGGCGCUCGACAUGGUGACAGGGCGCAAAUAAGACGCGGGAGAUAAAGUCGCGUCGGAUGUGUGGUGCUUUCAGGCGUUUGCUCCCGCCGUCACCACAAAUCAGCACGGCUUGUCACCGGUCGCCACCUCAUUGGCAGGACAAAUGAAACUGAACUUCAGGGGCUGAGGAGUUGGGCUACAGAGAAUCGUCAUCCUAUUUUAGGAACGUGCUGAAGGAGCGCUGCUGCCACUGUGAAUUAGCACGUGAGCGUAGGUGACUCUGUUAAUGAACUGUGCUUGAAUACUUAGCUGCAGGUUGUUGUUUUUUUGGAAUGCCUUUUUUUCUAAAUUCUAAAGUCAGUCUUGCAUUUCAAACUGAUCUCAUGCGGUUUUAGUUCUUAGUUGCUUGUAUGACCUGACAAUUCAUACUAAUUAACCAGUUGGCUCGAUUACACUGUUGGCCAUUGAACCAUUCCUUUGUUCGGGUUUUUAAUAUCUGUAGUUGUGCUCAACACCCAUAUGACAAGGUACUGUCGAAACACCUGCAAUUGCAUGAGGUUCACUUCACAGCAUUGGUCACUCAAAAAGAAGUCAAGACACUGGAGCAUAAAUUCUUAGUUUGCCUAUUUGGAAACCGGAACUACUAUUUUCUUACAAUUAAACUCAGGAAAAGGUGUUUUGGUUGGCCUUGUGACAGAGGGCCGGCAAUAGCACUUGAAGAGCGUUUAAUUGUAUCAGAUGUGUACGUCCAGCUGUUUUUCGUCUCCUGGCUUUGCUGGCUUCUCACCCACACGGUGAACAAUGUGCGGUGACACCUUCACAAAAAUCGAAACCCAUCUCCAUGACAACACGUCUGCUCUGGCAUUCUGUGCUUGUUUUGGGAGGUGUGCCAUUAGCGCCCCGGUUCUCAGUCCUGCUCCACGAGAGCUGCUGCUUCUGCGGCUUCCCGUUUUCACCUCCGUCUCAAUCCGCAAUGUUUUCAUACUAAAAUAAUAACAUAUUUGCUACCUUCACACCGUGCCGUUUUUGUAGCAAUGUCGACUCAACAUGUUUUUGCACAUUUAAUCGCUCCCCGACAUCCUGUAUCCCACUGGCAGUGUCGCGUGCGACUUUUUCCACCCUGUAUUCGUGUGAUGGCCCCUUUAAAAUUAAGUUUGACACACUCAAUUAGCACUUUAUUAGGAACACAUGUACACCUAGUGUGAUUAUUAAUAUAUAACCUUUUAUUAUACAGUGCUUUGGGGUGUGUUUGCUCCCGUUUGGUGGGUGUGUCGGGGUUGUAGCCCGAAUCAAUAAAAGCCUACGCUUAAAAGCCCGGAGAACGCCUUCUCAGACGCCAUAGGACCAACCGUACCACGUCAGUCAGUCCGCCCACCGUUUCAAUAAACGGGUUGCUGCGUUUUGUCGGGGUUGAACGUGGCACCGGUGAUGUGAGUUAACUGUAAUAAUUGGUUUAGUUGCUAAAUUUAGUGCUGAAAUUCAGGAAGAAAUAGUGGCGAUCCAACAGAUCCUGUGGCUCUUCGGACUGAGCUUGGGAAAUCCCCCGUUUUAGUAGAACAGAGCUUUCCUCACAGUGUGGUUUUAGGGCCAAAUUUUCACUUCAGUGCCAUCAUUUAUUCAUUACAGUAUCCAGUGUCUGUGUGACUUUAGCACUCAAGGCUACGUUUCCAUUCCUGUGGGUGAUUUGUUUUACUUCUGGAAAAAGUCAAAAUUGUGUCGCGUGCCAGAUGUGCGCGAGUGCAGCGUGCAUUAAAAUUUAAAACGUUUGUCGAGAUUCCACUUAGUUGACAGUUCUCGGAAUAACCUGUAAAUAAGCACCAAGGCAAACGGACGGAGGCGAAAUGCGCAAAGACCGAGUAUUCUCACUUCGCGAAUCGAGUCGUCAUGAAAGGCUGAGAAUGCUCAAAUCACACUACACCACUUACUGGUGUUUUUGCGCUCCGUGAUAGAUUCACUGUGACAUUCUAACGGAGACAGAGAGUAUUCAGAUUAAACAAUGGCAGGACUAAAAGUACAUUGGGUGGGGGGGAUUGGGGGUUAUCUGCAGGUUUUCAGUGCCGGACCUGGCGCCACUACUUCAAUUAAGUGAAACCAUUAUUCUACUGCAAAAAUGGCACCUUUCCAGUUCCCUCCAUAACCCUGUAGUGUCUAACCCUGAGAAGCCUUCUCUCUACCAUUUUAUACUAUUAUUAUUAUUAUUAUUUGUUGUGACCAUCAUGUGCGUCAGUUGGCAUUUCACUGGAAAUUCGGUUGUGAAGUAAAUAUUUUUUAAAGGCGAAUACUGUGGCUAAAUAAAAAUGGCCUCUAUACACUGGAUGAUUGGACGAGAGCUCCGGCCCCUGUGAGAACGUGAAGUGGUUCAUUUUCUAGCAUCUCUACUUCUCUAUUCGGUCUUCACUGGCGUUUUAAAGACAAAGACAUUCAUACGGAUGCCCGUAGGGGACAAACAUAGCGGGCCUGCUUUCACAGUUCAAACGGAAAGUGUCGUCGCUUUAUUGGCCGGUCGUUUCCUCGUCACCUCUUUGUGCUUCUGUAUAGGAGAGGGACGAAGCGGCACAUUGUGCACGGUGCUGGAGUGCCCAAAUCACAAAGGACACUCGGCCCUCGCAGGCCUUCAUACUGAAAUAUAUGAUUAUGACUCAUGUGAUCUACCAAGAUAGAGGAGCGCUACCCCAGUUCACAGUUUGUGGUUCACAGAACAUUUCCAAAACAUUUGGGUAAUCAUUACGAUUUUUACAAAUAAUUUUAAUUAUGGAUGGUUGUUCAUAUAAAUUUUAUUUGGAACUGCAGCAAUAUUAAACAGAUCUGCAAUUUCAGCACUUCAGUUUGGAAAGUGCUUGAUUGUUUGACUAGACAAUCAUUAUGGCAGGUAAACUUUUUGUCUGGAACAUUUUUUCUGUGACCGAACUUGUUUGACAUCAUAAAAUGUUCAAAGGAACAUUGCAAUCACAACAUCACAUCAUCAUCUCACUGCCAAAUUGAAAUCCAACCAGUAUCUUCUUCACCGUUCAGGAAAUGUUUAAGGUUAGCUGAGUCUGUGCUCCUGCCAUUCUGUUUCUCAGGCUCCCAAUAUGGACGUUUUGCUGCAAAAUAACAGACCGGUCGGCCUCCUGAAGUUAUGUGGAAAUAGGUUUGGCAUAAUCAAGCGGCUAUGCCCGUGACAGACGUGUAAAAUCCAGGUCCAAAAAGUGAAAGUCCUCCCCGGUAUUUGUUUAAAUCACCUGGAUUUGCUAAUUAGCACACCGUCAGCUAGGAGGCAGAACUAAUUAGUGAAAUCAGCUGGCUGAGAAAUGCAUGGCAGGACUUUUAAUUUCUGACCCCUGGACUUUUCACCUGUGCUAUGGAUAACUUUUUUUUGAAAAGUGAGUUAAUCACACAUAUGUAAAAAGACAAAAAAAACAACAACAACAACAACAAAAGUGUUUACUGAAGUUUCUUCUCACAUAAAUGGAAGAUUGUCCGAUUGGUCAGUUCUUUUUCGGCCCGCCAUCUUGCCUCAGAAUGGUGGCCAUAAACUCUAUCUUGGUGGAAUACUUGCUUACUUUCUGUUUGUGAAAUAUUCCUCUGUUGAAUAUAUUUUAUAUUUAAGCACAGGCUGUAUAAAAGUGUUGCAGAUCCUCAAAGCCUGGAUAAUAGAUUCCAGAUUUAGUUUCUUACCCAUAUGAAUAAAAUGUUGACGGCCGGGCUUUGAGGAAAGCCUUCAUGGCUGUGUCCUGUUCUCUGUUUGUGAAAUCUGGGCUGGGCCUGAUCUACAUUUAUGUGUGUGAGUGAGUGUGUGUGUGUGUGUGUGCGUGUGUGCGUGUGUGAAAGACCGUGAGAAAGUGUGUGAGUGUGUGUGUGUGCACAGACAGUAUGUGUUUGUGUUUAACUUUGUUUUAAAUACUUUUAUGAGGUUUAACCUGUGGAACAUAAAAAAAGAGAAAAUACCAAAUAAAAUUUAACACAACCCUGAAA